AUGGGUAAUAAUUUUUCAAGGUUUUUUAGACGUAACAAUAAUGAAGGUUACUACUAUGAAGGUAGACUUUUAUUUAAUGAUGAAGAGAUUGAUCGAAUACAAGUGCAACAUCAUUAUUUUAGAGAAUCAUGGAAUGGAAAUUUUUCUUCUCCUGUAAAGGAUGUUUUAAUUGCUGGUGGUGCUAAAGUUCUCGAUAUUGGAUGCGGGCCUGGCAUAUUCUUAUGCGACAUGGCGUCAGAUUACCCAAGAGCAUAUUUUGUUGGGAUCGAUUUAUUAUCUAAAUUUCCAAGUUUAAAGCCAUAUAAUGUAAGCUUUGUCCAAUGUAACAUUUUAGAAGGAUUGCCUUUUGAAAAUGAUACCUUCGAUUUUGUAUAUUGUAGAUUUCUUUUAUUUGACAUCAAAGAAUUUCAAUGGCAAGAUUUGGUUUUACGAGAAAUGUCUCGCGUAGUAAAAAGUAAUGGUUGGAUUGAACUGAUGGAACCAAGACCCACAGUUAUGAACCAAGGUCCAUCUACCGAGAGAAUCUGUAAUGCAAUUCAAGCCAAAGCAAGAGGGCAUAGAAUGAAUCCAAAUAUAGUGGAUGAAUUUGAACGAUGGUUGGGAUUAAUAAAUAAUUUACAACAUAUAAAACGUGAAAUUAAACGAUUACCUUGUGGUAAAUGGGCCGGCAAACAUGGCGAACUUGGUGCAUUGUUUAUGCAUAAUGUUUUUAAAAAACAUUUACAAUUUGUUGAUAAUUUAAUUAACGUUCCAUCAAAUGCUCAUGAUGUCGCCUUAAAUGAUUUUUUACAAGAAUUUGAUUUGUAUCGUUCUUAUAUUGAAGUGUAUAGAUUCUUUGCUCAAAAAAUCGAUGAUUAA